UGUGUGUACGGCCAAUCCAUAUGUUUUGUGAAAUGAUGAUGAUGAUGAUUUCUGGUUGCGGACAAUUAAAAUGUCUCCACAAUUUACUUUUGAGGAAAUAUCAUAGCAUCAUGCUACAGCACACAUUCUGUAAGCUGCAGUUCUGAGGUCUCAGUGAAAUGCAACACACAGUCAUGGCCAUAAAUAUUGGCACCCUUGGUAAACAUGAUCAAAGAAGGCUUUAAAAAUGUAUCUGCAUUGUAAAUCCUUUUAAACUUUUAUUUACAAAAAAAAUUCAUUUAAUUGGAUUGGACAAGAAAAAUACUGUAUGUUUGAUACAUACAUCAAUUUUUUUUCUCUGCCAAGAUGAGGCGCUUUAAAGCGAGAGAAAAAGCAGGACACUUUUUUUUAUUUUAAUAUGAGCUCGUAUUUAAGGCUUUUGAAAAAUCGUGUCGCCGCACAUAAAUAAAAGUAUGUAAAACACAUCCUACCCGACACUAACUUCAUUACACAUCACUAAAACCUCAACUGCGUUUGUAAACAAACACAAAGCGGAAGUUAGCUUAGGGCCGGGUGCGUGCGCUCGAAGAAACCGCAAUUAUUAAAUGUUACCUUUUUAUUAAUAUAUUAUCUUUACUUUUUACGUUUUAUCAACAACUUUCAUGGUCUGCUGAUUGUAUUUGCAUUAGGGAGAAAAGUAGUUUUACUAUUAUACUUUUAAUCUCUAAAUUUCAUCAGUAUAAGUAAAUUUUCCACCACAUAUGUUUUGAUUUUUUUUAUAUAUAUCCAAUUUAAUUGCGAUAGAGUAAUCAGGUCAUCAGCAUUUUACAGUUUUUUUGCUCUUAUUGUUAUUAAUAAUUAUUAUUAUAAUAUCAAGGCUAACUCUUAUCAUUGUCACGUGCUUAAUUUCUAUAUGCUGCAAUGUUAGGUGAUUUCAUUGAAAUGUUACGGUAAAAAUUCUAAUCCUCACACGCGAAAACUCACGCUUAAAAUCGGCUUUAAAAAAAAUCCCAUUCUCUCUUCUCUUCAGUCUCCAGUCCAGCGGGUGGCGCGAAAACACGCGUUUGUUUGUCAAACACCAUUAAACCUCAGAGGAAGAAGAAGUUUAGUUUCACCGCGAUCUCUGUGGUUUUGUCCAGAUGCUGCUUUAACGCAAAGUCAAAGAAAUGUUUCUGUAAAUACAGAAAUACAAAUUUCGAAUCUGUUUCAUGCAUAUAAUAUUCUCAUCCUCAAAGUCGUGACUAAGUUUUGAAGAAAACAGAGAUCUGCUGCUGUGAAGAUGAUGUUUGUUAAAGAAGAGAGUGAGGAGAACAUGAUUGAACCAGAAACAUGGAGAAUAAAACACGAGGAACCAGAAACAUGGAAAAUAAAACACGAGGAACCAGAAACAUGGAAAAUAAAACACGAGGAACCAGAAGCCUGGAGAAUAAAACACGAGAAACAAGGAGACCUGAUGAAUGUGAAGGACGAAAGACAAGAUCUGAAUGAAUUGGAGAAACCUCAGGAUCAAAAAGAUCAUAAUGUAAAUGAACAAAGCAGCACUGAAGUCAGAAAACCUUUCAGCUGCUCUCAGUGUGGAAAAGCUUUCACGUGUAAGAAAAGCCUGAGGAAUCACAUGUUAAUUCACGCCGGGAUAAAGCCUUUUACCUGCUCUCAGUGUGGAAAGAGUUUUACCAGGAAAAGUCAACUUAAGGAUCACAUGCAUAUCCACUCUUCAGAAAAACCUUUCAGCUGCUCUCAGUGCGGAAAGAGUUUCACGCGUAAAACAAACCUUAAGACUCACAUGUUAAUUCAUUCUGGGAUAAAGCCUUUCAGCUGCUCUGAGUGCGGAAGGAGUUUUACAAAGAAAGAACACCUUAAGAAUCAUUCGGCUACUCACUCUUUAGAAAAGCCUUUCAGCUGCUCUCAGUGCGGAAAGUCUUUUGUGAGUAAAGAAAGCUUUAAGAUUCACACGUUAGUUCAUGCUGGAAUAAAGCCUUUCAGCUGCUCUGAGUGUGGAAAGACUUUUACGAAGAAAAGACAACUUACAGAUCAUCUGGUAACUCACUCUUCAGAAAAACCUUUCGUCUGCUCUCAGUGCGGAAAGUCUUUCACUUGUAAAACAAACCUUAUGACUCACAUGUUAAUUCACGCCGGGAUAAAGCCUUUUACCUGCUCUGAGUGCGGGAAGAGUUUUAUCAGGAAAAGUCAACUUAAGGAUCACAUGCAUAUCCACUCUUCAGAAAAACCUUUCAGCUGCUCUCAGUGCGGAAAGAGUUUCAUACGUAAACCAAACCUUAAGACUCACAUGUUAAUUCACGAUGGAAUAAAGCCUUUCAGCUGCUCUAACUGCGGAAAGAGUUUUACAAAGAAAGAAUACCUUAAGAAGCAUUUGGCUACUCACUCUUUAGAAAAGCCUUUCAGCUGCUCUCAGUGCGGAAGGAGCUUUACAAAGAAAAGUCAACUUACAGAUCAUCUGGUAACUCACUCUUCAGAAAAACCUUUCGUCUGCUCUCAGUGCGGAAAGUCUUUCACUCGUAAAUCAAACCUUAAGAAUCACAUGUUAAUUCACGCCGGGAUAAAGCCUUUUACCUGCUCUGAGUGUGGGAAGAGUUUUACCAGGAAAAGUCAACUUAAGGAUCACAUGCAUAUCCACCCUUCAGCUGCUCUCAGUGAGGAAAGUCUUUCAAACAUAAAGAAAGCCUCAAGACUCCAAUGUUAAUUCAUGCCGGGAUAAAGUCCUUUCAACUGCUCUCAAUGUGGAAGGACACCUUAAGGGCCAUUUGCUAACUCACUCUUCGGAAAAGCCUUUUCACCUGUCAGUGCGGAAAGUUUUUCCCACGUAAAACAAACCUUAAGACUCACAUGUUAAUUUAUGCUGGGAUAAAGCCUUUCAGCUGCUCUGAGUGCGGAAAGACUUUUACACAGAAAGUGCAACUUGAGAGUCACUUGGUAAGUCACUCUUCAGAAAAGAGUUUCAUCUGCUCUCAGUGCAGAAAGUCUUUUAGCUACGAAGGAAGCCUUACGACACACUUGAGAAUUCACAGUGGGCACAACGGAUAGUAACCCUAGAUCUUAACAAUAAAUUAAAGCAAAGAUGACCGCUAGAACUGAGAACUCCAUCGAGAAUAUUCCAUCUCAGAGAUGAUAUCAGUCACUCGGUAUGUACGUUGAAUGAAGGUAAAAUCUUUUAAUAUUCAUGAACUUCCAGAGAAAGCUCGCCCCACACGCUGCGUCUGGUGUGGACACCCAAACUGCUUGCAAGCGCUUGAAUUGUCGCAUUGCGUGUAGUAAGGACAUAACGUUAUGGCUGUUUUCUGUUUUCCUUCACAUGUAAUGGAAACCUUAAAAAUCACAUUGUAGUUCAUACUGGACUAAAGCCUUUGAUGCAAACCUCGGGAGCUUGGCAGAAAGGUCUUGGUGUACAGAGAGAAGAGCAGCGCUGAGAGAACAUAACCCUGAGGUGCACCGGUGCAGAUCGGUCAGAAAGCUAUGAACAGAGAGCUAGGCUAGCUCAGUAUGUAGGAGUGUUGGGAUGAUUGUGUUGAAAGCAGUAUUUUUGUGGUUUUUUUUGCUAUUUGGAUCUAAACUUUUUCUUGCUCAACUUCUCUGAACGAUUAGUUUCAUGUUCUGUUUACAUGUAACACACUGCUACACAAAUAAAUGUACUGUUUAAAUUGAA